UUGGAGAGAGUUAUUUCAAUGAGCUUGUAAAUAGAAGCAUGGUCAAAUUAUUAGACAUAGAUUAUAGCGAAGAUGGUAUCAGGGAAGAAUACUGCUGCCGUGUACAUUUCUCGGUGAUGGAUCUUAUCAGCUCCUUGUCAAGCGAAGAAAACUUUGUGACUAUAUUGAACGAUGAGCAGCAGACAUGUUCAUCAAACAAGGGUUGCCGGUUAUCCAUCCGAGGAAGCAAGGCAUCAGUAGACACUACAAAUCAGGCUACCAUGAUGAGCAUGCUUCAAGCGCGGUCGCUUUCUGUCUUCAGCCCUGCUAUUGGUAGCAUCAAUCUUUCAGAGUUCAAAGUUCUUCGUGUAUUGGAUCUAGAAGGUUGUGAUAUUUCACAAAGCCACCACGUCCUCAACGAUCAUCUUGGUAGUUUGAUCCACCUACGGUACCUUGGACUGAGAAAUACACGGAUCACUGAACUUACAGAAGAUGUAGGAAAGCUGCAGUUUCUGCAGACGCUGGACCUCGCGGACACAAGGGUGAAAGAACUGCCGGCAACAGUCUUUCGCCUUGGAAAGCUCAUGUGCCUUCGUGUUGAAUUCCAGACAAGGAUUCCGAGUGGGAUAGGGAAUCUGGUGUCACUGGAGGAGCUCUCGGACAUUUCGACUCGCGAUUCACCGGAUCUUGUGAACGAGCUGAGGAACCUGACAAAGCUGAGGGUCCUCAAGAUCACGCUGAGGCAGCCGACGCAGAGCACCGAGGAAGCCCUGGUGGAGUCCCUGCGAAACCUGCGUAAAUUGCAGGAUCUUCACAUCUACGCCGCUAGCGGGAAUGGGCACAAGAGGCUGCUCGAUCUUCUCCAGGAUGGCAGCUGGACGCCGCCUCCGCGCCUCCGAUCAUUCAGCGCGUUGGCGACGUACAUCUCCUGUAGCCCACUGCGGCUGCUGCCAGCGUGGAUCGCCGCCUCCGUCGUGCCGCGCCUCGCCGUGCUGCUCAUCCAGGUGAGGGAGCUCAGGCAGGUGGACAUCGACGCCCUUGGGAAGCUGCCUGUUCUUCGGACACUUCGCGUGGAGCCAUACGAGAUGAAGGAGAUGAUUGUGAUUGGUCGAGACGCGUUCCCGUGUCUGAAGGAAUGCCGGUUCCGGAACUCGGACCACGGGCCGGUGAUCCAGCGGGGAGCCAUGCCGAGGCUUCGGAUCAUCGAGUUCUGCUUCGGGGUAAGGCAGACCAAGGAUCUCGGCAAUGGCUUCGACUUUGGAUUGGCAAACCUUGGUUGCCUCGAGGAAGCCACCGUUUACAUCAACUGUAAGGAGGCCACCGAACCUGAGGCAGAGGAAGCAGAGGGGGCAGUGAAACAUGCAGCUGACACACAUCCUAACCAUGCCAACUUUGAUAUGAACAUAUGGGGAAGAGCUCAUGCGUUUCGACGAUGAUGACUAAGGAGAGGUAUCUCCCAAGUAAUGAGAAGAUACGCAACUCUCCAAUUGGGUGCAGCUGCACACCAUGCAGCGACGACGAUCAAGGCAUGCACACCCGUGCGUGGCGGUCACUCUCUCCUCCUCGGCACAACCAGCGCACGA